AUGUCCGAGAAUCAAAGUUUCUGGGACUCGGCAUUUUGCAACUUGUGGAUGGAGCUGCUGUAUCUGUCGGAGAUCACCAGCGUUCAGCUCAACCGGAGUGUCACCGAGCUCUCUGGUGCUUCAACCGCAGACGCCCGUCCGGAUUUGCUGCUUUGGAUCUCGAGCAGGCUCUGCGUCAAGUUUGAGGAGAAACGGGCAACUCUGGAAGAGGCGUUCCAGGACUUGACAAAGAAACUUGGCGUGCUCCCACCGCAGUACUAUGGACCCGUCCAGUGGAUGCUUGGGGUAGCACUAGCAGGUCCGGAGAUGGCAGGAUGGGCUGUGAGACAUGGGCAAGAUGCACCAGAUGAUCUGUUUGGGCGCUUAAACAUGGUGUCACUCAGGGACAAGGCAACAUGCUUGCGACUCUCCGUCAACUUCCUCCGGAUUGCCUUGACAAUCUCAGACUUCUACAGCGGGAUGAAUUCUCUGCCGCGGCCAUUCAACGUGCUUCCUCCCGCCUCUUACGGCUCCCUCGGCCAGAUAGCCAGGACUCUGCGGAUCGUCUAUCCCAAGGUGAUCAAGGAGAUUCGUCCCUGGUCGCAGCAUGUUGCGGAGGGAUUCACUACGACGGCUUUGGUGACGCGAGCAUACGGGCUUGGCGCUGUGGGGCUGGUGUCCGGCGACGUCAAAGUCAGGGGUGAGCGAUACAGCGUGGUCAUUCACUCGGUGGGAUACGAGCGCAUAAUUUCUCGUAAAGAUGACUUGUGGCCGGCCAUGCAGGACGUGCUUCACGGGGUGCAUGCGUUGCACCACGCGGGCUUGGUUCACAGGGACAUCAGAUGGAGAAACGUCCUCCAGUGUCCGGCUAGUAAUGAGGGUUGGAUGCUCAUCGAUCUUGAGACGGUGUGGAAGACAGACUGUAAGCCGAGCUGUUGCUGGCUUCGCGCCUGGGACGAGAACACAUUGGUUGACGGCCUCUACACGCGGUCCUCGGAUCUCUAUCUUGUUGGAAGGCUUAUGGAGAGCUUUCGUGAUCUGUCACCCGAGGCCAAGGAGUUUCGGGCUAGGCUUUUACGGCACGGGUUCCGGAGUGCUCAGGAAGCGCUGCAUUACUUGAAGAACACUACUUUCUGCAAAACUUAG